CUGUAUUAUAAAACAACUUAACUUCACCUUUGUCACGUACUUCACCCUGACUUCUCCACUACAGCUCAGAGAUUUAACAGUACACUUUAAAGUAGCCUACUAUAACCAUGUCUGGAAGACCUAUGCUAUACUACCUCAAUGGGAGAGGUCGGAUGGAGUCAAUCCGUUGGCUUUUGACUGUUGCAGAGGUUGAUUUUGAAGAGAUUUAUCUGACAUCUCGUGACCAGUAUUUAAAACUCCUGAGUGAUGGAGCUCUCAUGUUUCAACAGGUUCCCAUGGUGGAUAUUGAUGGCAUGAAGCUUUUUCAGACAAAAGCAAUCUUGAAUUACAUUGCAGAGAAGUACAAUCUUCAUGGGAAAGAUAUCAAAGACCGUGUCAUGAUCAACAUGUACUCAGAAGGAGCGAUGGAUCUCAUGGAAAUGAUCAUGAAGUUGCCCUUGAGUGCAGAUAAAAAAGCAACACUGGAAACCAUUGAAAGCAAAGCAAAGGAACGUUACCUUCCUGUGUUUGAAAAGGCGCUGACUGGGCCCAUUUACCUGGUGGGAGGUAAGCUAAGCUGUGCAGACGUGCAGCUGCUUGAAUGCACCCUGAUGUUGGAGGAGAAAUUCCCUGGAAUCCUCGCUGGGUUUCCCAGCGUCAAGUCUUUCCAGGGCAGGAUGACACAGAUUCCUGCCAUCAGCAGAUUCCUGCAGCCAGGCAGCAAGAGGAAGCCACAGCCAGAUGAAAAAUUAUUGAAGACCGCCAUGGAGGUGUUCAACAUCACAUUACCACUCCCAUGAACUCUGUACAUUCCUCACACCUGCAGUGUCAAUGGUUCACCAGUGCAUUAUACAAGCACAACAUGUGGAUCAACUAUAUUAGCUGGUUUAUGUGGAGAUUGAGUGAAAUUUUUACUAAUUUUCUACUCAACUGAGAGACUCCGUAAAUUGUAUAAUCAGAGUUAACGAACAGAUAAUCAUGGUUAAUCCUACAACCCUAGAUGAAGAGCUAAACAUAAUGGUGUAUGCUUUUGUAGUCUGUACUGAAGUUAGUGUGUGUAGCUGCAAAUUGCAUACAGAUGAGAUCAACAUGCCCAGAAGAUGAGAAACAAUCGUGUCAGGAAUGGGGUGAUACCUAGAGUCUGCUGAGUUCAAGAAAUGAUGGUGUCACAACUGGAGAGGGAGUGAUCAGCGGGCAGAACGAUGGCUCUGCCGGCAAAGGCCCACUACAGGCGGGGCAGGUAUACGCAACACAUAAGUGACUGUGAUAGAGAUACAGUUGAGUCUGCUCCUGCGACCAACAGCCUACAAGCUGAAUGCUGCACUAUCCAUUACAAAUCUCUUUAGCAUGAAAGAAAUCUAUGUAAUCCUUCAUAACAUCACAAUAUAUGAGUGUGUCAAUGUGAGGGUUCAGCUAAAUAAAAAGUUUAUUUUUGAGGAACA